CUGGAUGUGACAGCAGGCAGAGGAGCACUUAGCAGCUUAUUCAGUGUCCGAUUCAGAUUCCGGCAAGGAUCCAAGCAUGGAAUGCUGCCGUCGGGCAACUCCUGGCACACCGCUCCUCUUUCUGGCUUUCCUGCUCCUGAGCUCCAGGACAGCACGCUCCGAGGAGGACCGGGACGGCCUCUGGGAUGCCUGGGGAUCAUGGAGCGAGUGCUCACGCACCUGCGGUGGAGGGGCCUCCUACUCACUGAGACGCUGCCUCAGCAGCAAGAGCUGUGAAGGAAGAAAUAUCCGAUAUAGAACAUGCAGUAACGUGGACUGCCCACCAGAAGCAGGUGACUUCCGAGCUCAGCAAUGCUCAGCUCAUAAUGACGUCAAGCAUCACGGCCAGUUUUAUGAAUGGCUUCCUGUGUCUAACGACCCUGACAACCCGUGUUCACUCAAGUGCCAAGCCAAAGGAACAGCCCUGGUUGUGGAACUAGCACCUAAGGUCUUAGAUGGUACUCGAUGCUAUACAGAAUCUUUGGAUAUGUGCAUCAGUGGUUUAUGCCAAAUUGUCGGCUGUGAUCACCAGCUGGGAAGCGCCACCAAGGAAGACAACUGUGGGAUCUGCAAUGGAGACGGGUCUACAUGCCGGCUGGUCCGAGGGCAAUAUAAAUCCCAGCUCUCCGCCACCAAAUUGGAUGACACUGUGGUUGCUGUUCCCUAUGGAAGCAGACAUGUUCGCCUUGUCUUGAAAGGACCUGAUCACUUGUAUCUGGAAACCAAAACCCUCCAGGGGGCUAAAGGUGAAAACAGUCUCAGCUCUACAGGCACCUUUCUUGUGGACAAUUCUAGUGUGGACUUUCAGAAAUUCCCAGACAAAGAGAUACUGAAAAUGGCUGGACCACUCACAGCAGAUUUCAUUAUCAAGAUCCGAAACUCGGGGCCCACGGACAGUACAGUCCAGUUCAUCUUCUAUCAGCCUAUCAUCCACCGAUGGAGGGAGACGGAUUUCUUUCCUUGCUCAGCCACCUGUGGAGGAGGUUACCAGCUGACGUCGGCUGAGUGUUACGAUCUUCGGAGCAACCGUGUGGUUGCUGAUCAGUACUGUCACUAUUACCCAGAGAACGUCAAACCCAAACCCAAGCUUCAGGAGUGCAACUUGGAUCCUUGUCCAGCCAGGUGGGAGGCCACCCCGUGGACCGCGUGCUCCUCCUCGUGUGGGGGGGGCAUCCAGAGCCGGGCAGUUUCCUGUGUGGAGGAGGACAUCCAGGGGCAUGUCACUUCAGUGGAAGAGUGGAAAUGCAUGUACACCCCUAAGAUGCCCAUCGUGCAGCCCUGCAACAUUUUUGACUGCCCUAAAUGGCUGGCACAGGAGUGGUCUCCGGUAACUGUGCCUUCUUUCUUUGUUCAUUAGGAGAGUAAGUCCACUCUUCCCUCUCAUCAUCAUGGCCCCACCGGGUACCCUGUGCAGCUCCACACUUCUCCUCUGGAGGUGUCUAGAAGCUUACCAGCUUAGCUCCUAGGAAUGCCCCAAAUCCAGCAUGACCUAAAGUAAAUGACUUCUUUUAAUGUCUUUCUUCAAGUUACUUCAAGAAGCCUCUAUUGCUGCCCAGAUAAAGUUCCCUCAAAUGGCACGGGGCAGAAAAUGUCUUUCAAGAGCAAUUGAGACUGAAUGACUUACCCUGAAUCUGUAAAAGCUGCUUCGAUGAUAGAGCUCAGUAGACCAGAAGUUUGAUUUCAAUUUUUAUUGACUAUACUCUGUCUAUAUCCAAGGAGGGUCUGAGUGGAUUAAAAUUUAAACUGUGUAUAUUAUUCAUUGGGGGGCAAAAAGGAUGAAAUUAAAAUAGUACAAUAAAGCAGGAGAAUUAAAACCAAAGUAUUAUGGACAUUAGGAAACCUGCUGUAAUCAAACAUAAAAUGUCAUUCCAGGUUUCCUGGCUACUAAUACGAAAAGAGAAAUGGCAAAGGAGAUAGAAAGAGGAUGAAAUAAACAUUGUGCCCUCAGCCAUAGAAAUGACAAAAGACUCUUCUCUGAGAUGUGGCUUUGUGCCAGCAGACCAGAGCUGUGACUUUUUUUUAUAUCUAGACACACUGUCAGACAUUAAGAACCACUGGAGGUGCUAUCCACAUUGGGCCAUUCAAUCAGUUCCUUUAAACAUUUUUUUUUUCCAUUUCGAUAUAAUCAAUUAGAUUAUCCAUGCUGUAAUAUAAAUUAACUAGCAGUUUAAAAUGUUUUAUUAUCCAUUUGGGAGCUAGCAUUUCCCAUAUUUUUGGACAUAGCAGUCAUUAGCAAAGUAACCACAUAAAAAUGCAGUUUGGGUAAUCAAAAUU